AAAAAAAACUCUAUUCCUUUUAGCCUUGAGAUUCCGCAACGAUCGCAAUGGAAAACUUGGCACCAGAAUUGAAGGCCAUCGCAAAAGAUAACCAUCAGUUUAGAAACUGGGCAAAUACUUUUGGCUGCAGCCCAGAGUUAUAUUUCGAGCCUUCAACCGAAGAAGAGGUCUCAGAGAUUGUACGACUCGCCGUCCAAAACAAAAAACAUAUCAAAGUCGUUGGUUCUGGUCAUUCUCCUUCUGACCUUGCUCUCACCAAUGAUUAUAUGAUCAGCAUACACAAGCUCAAUCGAGUCCUAGCUGUCAACCGUGAGAAAGGCAUUAUUACAGUUGAAGCCGGCAUGGACUUGCAUACUUUGCAUCAAGUGUUGAAGAACAAUGGUAUGGCUCUCAGUAAUCUGGGCUCAAUUUCUGAUCAAUCCGUGGCAGGCGUCAUGGCCACCGCAUCUCAUGGAACGGGUACAGCGUUUGGAAGCCUUCCUACUAUGAUUACAGACCUUACUAUCGUCAGUGGAACCGGAGAAAUUUUGUACUGUUCCCCUUCUUCCAACCCAGAUGUUUUUGAAGCAGCCAGGUGCAGCUUGGGAUGCUUGGGAGUCAUCACAAGAAUGUCUUUGAAAGUAGAACCCGACUUUUUAUUGGAGGCUAAACAAGAACCCGACAAGUUCGACAAUGUGUUACAAAACUGGGACACUGUUAUCAACUCUGCAGAACAUGUUCGAGUAUGGUGGUAUCCUCAUACUGAUGACUGCGUCGUUUGGCGUGCUAACCGGACUACCAAGCCUGUUACCGAAGACAAGCCCAGCUGGUUCAAAUACACUUUUGUUGGAUUCCAUGUUUACCAAUUUGCUCUCAAUAUUGCGCGAUAUCGCCCCUCUAUGAUACCAAGUCUCACAAGAUUUUUUUACGAUAAAGUUCAUUCAACACCAACACACGUUGUAGAUGACAGUUACAAGGUGUUUAACUUUGAUUGUCUAUUCCCUCAAUACGUCAACGAAUGGGCCAUUCCUCUAGAGAAGGCUCCUGAAGCACUAAAGAGAAUUGAAAAGUUCAUACAGUCGUCGGACCUCAAAGUUCACUUUCCUGUCGAAAUCCGAUUUGUGGAUGCCGAUGAUGUUUGGUUGAGUCCUUCUUAUGGACGCAAGACAUGUUACAUUGGAGUGAUUAUGUACAGACCCUACGGAAAGCCAGUUCCCUACAAAAAGUACUGGCGUGCAUACGAAGAUGUUAUGAGAUCCUUGGAUGGCCGGCCACAUUGGGCCAAGGCCCACGGACAAACAAAAUCUGACCUUGAAAGAUCCUAUCCAAAGUUCUCUGACUUUCUUACCGUCCAAGAGAAGCUGGAUCCAAAUGGAGUGUUUGUGAACGAUUAUGUUCAGAGACAUAUCGUGGGGAAGAAGAGGUUUGCAAAACUGUGAGAUCUGCAGUUUAUAUCGACAAAACAUCCACCGGAACCACAGUAGAAUUAUAGACAGCCCAAACAUUCCCCACCCUACUCUAUAGAUAAUAUAUUUUGGCAUAUUUCUUUGCCACACUAUUUGUCAAGUUAUUUAUCCAUAUAACCAAUGGUAAUAUAAUGGGUAUUUUCCCAUAGUAUCUACAUUCAACUAGUCCACUACUUGUCAUAAGCUAUCCGGUCGUAUGCACACGCAAAUCGAAUGACCAUCUUUCCAACACCUAUAUGCUAUCCUUUAGUCAAGUCCAGUAACCGCUUAUCGGAAUAGCCGGACU